ACUCCGUUACAGUUGCGCUGCAGCUUUUUUUUUUUUUUUUUUCUCAACCAAGCGCUACAGCCACUAAAGUGAUACAGAAAAAGGUGACAAAGCCUUUACUGACAUGGAAAUUCAGCGAACUGCCUCCUUGUUGGGGUCUCCUGGCUCCAUGGAGAGCCUUGAGAAACAGCUGAGCUGUCCAAUCUGUCUGGACAUGUUCACCAAACCAGUGGUGAUCCUGCCAUGUCAACAUAACCUCUGCCGAGGAUGUGCGAGUGAUCUCUAUGACUCUCGAAACCCUUAUCGUUUCUCUGGUGGUGUCUUCCGGUGCCCUACGUGUCGUUUUGAAGUGGUUCUUGAUCGUCACGGUGUACAUGGACUUCAAAGAAAUCUUCUAGUGGAGAAUAUAAUUGACAUAUACAAACAGCAACAAGAGGGUGGAGGUGGUGGCGGCGGCGGCGGCGGCGGCGGCGGAACCUCAGAAUCUUCUAUAAGCCCCAAGAGUUCCAAGGAGCUGAUGUGCCAAGAGCACGAGGAUGAGAAAAUAAACAUUUACUGUGUGACCCACCAAAUUCCCACUUGCUCCAUGUGUAAGGUGUUUGGGCAGCAUAAAGACUGUGAGGUGUCACCACUCGCUAGUGUCUACCAGGCUCAAAAAGGAGAGCUGAGUAAUGCUAUUGAUGCUCUUGUGGCAGGGAAUGGUCGCCUUCAGGCUCUGCUUAACCAGAUGGAGGAAGCCUGCACAGCCGUUCAGGAAAACGCUCAACGUGCCAAGCAAAAGCUUGGUGAACGUUUUGAUUCACUGUAUGCAGCCUUAGAAGAGCGGAAGAAUGCCCUCUUGGAACGUGUUGGUAAGGAGCAGGAUGAGAAGAUCGCUGCCCUCAGGAGUCUGGCUAGGCGUUAUGGAGAUCAUCUUCAGGCAGCCACGGAGUUGACCGACACAGCAGUACGUGCAUUGGAGCAAAGUGGUGCUGCAGAGUUCUUGCAAGCCUCCAAGAACCUGAUUGCACAGACAAAGGAUGCAGCGAAGGGAUCACUGGGUGAAGAAAGGCCUGAGCCAGGCUUUGAGAGAAUGGACCAUUUCACUCUAGAUACAGAACAUGUGGAAACUUUGUUGUCCAAGAUGGACUUUGGGGGAGAAGAUGAUGAGGAAUAUGAAGAUGCUGAAGAUGAGGAGGAAGAGGAGUAAAUGGAUAGCACUGAAGGAAAAGUGUCAAACUUGAAUGUUGAUGUUAAUGCUGGUGAUUAAAAAGGAUGUAAAGAAGGACAAAAUUAACAAGGAUGAAGAACCACAGACCGUGACAAUGACAAUAUGUUACUGAGGUUUUAAUGUUUGUAUAUCACUGCUAAGCAGUGUAAGCAUUUCAACUCAUAUGAUCAUAAGAAUAUUUCAGAGUAACAUUUUAUUUAGGUGCCAUUUUUAUACUUUUCUAUUUUAGUUCAUAUCCUUCCGUUGUCACUGUAGGAGUAAUCUUUCUACUUUUACUGUACUGAGAACGAGAAAUGAAAUAUGACUCAUUAUGUUUAUCUUAUUUUACUAUAUGUGAUCCUGUAUGUUCUGUUUUCUCAUGUGUGGACUUUUUUGUGAAAUAAAAUGUUUGAAUA